AUGGUAAAUUAUUUGGAGCGUGCUCGAGCAUUAGCUGAAUAUUCACCUUUACCAUAUACCAAUAUAGCAUCAUCACAACAAUGUAAACCUAAGAAAAUUUCAAAGGUUAACUUUAUUGUUAAUCCGCAACGAGAAAGUACAAUUGGAUAUGAACGAGUAGAAGAUGUUAUUCAAGAAGACAAUAAUUGCAUGAAACAUAAAGUUAAAUUCAUCAAUGCAUCGGCGCAAUUGUCGCAAAUUCGUUGCUGUUGCAAUCUUAUGCAUACUGUGGUAGUGUUUUUUCAUACUGGUACCAAGUUAUUUCUAUUAACUUAUGUGGCCUUAUCAGUUAUCAUUUUUACAUUUGCGAUGAAAUCAGCUAUAAUUUGGUCUGUGAUACCAUUUAUAGUUGCUUCAUUAAGUAUUUAUGCAUUAUACACGGAAAAACAUAAAUAUUUAUAUCCAUUUUUGAUUAUAUCGAGUGCUCAUAUAAUACUUUGUAUUGUGAUUGUAAUUGUAAUAAUUACAUUUACAGCUGCCAAUUAUGGUACUUUUAGGCAAAUUGUUGGAUAUUAUAUGAAAAUACGACUUAGUGAUACAUUUAUCGUGAUAUUCGUUAUCACAUCUGUCAUCUUAUUCCUUAUUUUGUCCAUCAUGCAUUUAUGGCAAUUAAAUGUUGUUUAUAGUUGUAUGAUCUAUUUCGAACAAAAGCGCUGCCUGGAGCGUGAACAAUGCCAUCCGAUGAUUGUAAAAUACAGUUGUUCAAAUGGAAAAGAAGAUGGACAUCACAAUCAUUUUAUUACUAAUCAUAAGUGUUAUGAAAGUUGUGCUGCCGUAUAA